CAGUUUCAUUCAGUGAGCUGAUCAGAGAGAGAGAGAGGCAAAGAAGAAGACGAGAUAUGGGAGAGGAAAGCUCAUUGGUGCUUCAUGGAAUGUGGGCUAGUCCUUUCGGGAAAAGGGUGGAAUUUGCCCUUAAAAUCAAAGGCAUCCCUUUCGAAUAUGUGGAAGAAGAUCUGCAGAACAAGAACCCAUCAACCCUCCUGAAAUACAACCCUGUUUACAAGAAAGCCCCCGUGCUUGUCCACAAUGGCAACCCCAUUUCCGAAUCACUUGUGAUUCUCGAGUACAUAGAAGAAACGUGGAAAAAUCAUGGCCCUGCCCUUCUGCCUCAAGAUCCCUACGAACGAGCCCAGCUUCGGUUCUGGGCUGAUUUCAUUAACAAACAGUUGUUCGAGGCAUCGGUUAAGGUAGUGAUGGCGGCAGGGGAAGCACUAGAGAAGGCGAUUAAAGACUUGAGAGAGAAGCUCAAAGUGGUUGAAGAGCAUGGGGUUAAGAGGCUAUUGGGAGAUGGAAGUGGACCAUUUGCGAACGGACAGGAAGUGGGGUUUGUGGACAUAGUAAUGUGGUCUGUUCUUGGAGCUUACAAGAUCCACGAAGAGAUCUUGGGGGUCAAAAUUAUAGACGAAGAGGAGACCCCCGGCGUGGCCUCAUGGCUCAACUCCCUCAUACACCAUCCUCUUACCAAGGACAUCUUACCUUCAAAGGACAAGGUUGUGGGGCUUCUUCAGUACGUUAGGCACAGGCCCUUAAACUCCUCUGCUGCUGCUUGAUUCAUCCAUUUCCUCUCACUGCUGUCUUCUUAUUUAAAUUAAGUGUUGCCUCUGCUGUGUCGUUGUCGUUUUGUUUCACUCUGUUCAAUAAGGAUUUGUACUUGUAGUGUGCCAACUUACUCUAAUGGAGCCCAUGAGGGGCAAAAUUAUCUACUA